UCUCUCCGGAGUAUAUAAGACAGUAACAUCACUCACAGAGCAUCAGUUCCACUCGUCUUCUUCACCAAGAAUGGUUCUCAAGGUUGUAUUGCUGGCGGCUGCUGUGGUGGUGGCUUUGGCCAGCCCAGAGCCUCCUCCCUCCUACCAUUACCCAUCACCCAGCCCUCAGUACCAUCACCCAACCCCAACAUACCACCCGCCCACACAUAGUCCCACAUACCACCCUUACACCACACCCUCAACUUAUCGUCCAUACACCACACAUCCAACUUAUCGUCCAUACACCACACCCACAACUUAUCGUCCAUACACCACACCCUCAACUUAUCGUCCAUACACCACACCCUCAACUUAUCGUCCAUACACUACACCCUCAACUUAUCAUCCAUACACCACACAUCCGACUCAUCAUCCAUACACCACACAUCCAACUUAUCCAAACACCACACCUCCCUCGUAUCCACACUACACCACACACACAACUAAUCAUCCAUACACCACACCCUAUCCAUCUUACACUACACCUCCAACAUACCACCCCAGCUACGGCGUCCACACUACUGAGGCUCCUGCUCGGUACUCCUUCAGCUGGAAAGUGAAGGACGACGCUUCCGGCAACGACUUCGGCCAAGACGAGACCCGUGAUGGUCUCAACACCCAGGGCUCCUACUAUGUGCUGCUUCCCGACGGUCGUCUGGAGAAGGUGACCUACAAUGUCAACGGCGACUCCGGCUACUUGGCUCAGGUGACCUACGAGGCCCAGCACACCACACCCCAGCCCUACUAUGGCUAGGUCAACACCCUCACUGAGAUUGUGUGGCCAUUAUAUUUAUUAUUUAAACUAAUAAUCAUGUAGAAAUGAUUCAAGAAAUAAUAAA